AUGUCUCGACUGCUUGCAGGAAGGUCCAUCACACGACAUGAUGAAGAAAAUAAUGAAAGCGAGGAUGAUAAUGAAUUGAUUGCUACCAGCGCUCAUCGUCAUCACGAUAAAAGAUUCGAUCAAGAUGAAAAUCAAGAUUUGGAGAAUGAAGGGUUCGGACAAGGUGAUGAACAGGUGAAUGUUAUGGCAAAGAUUAUGAAGGAGAAGAGUUUUUGGAUUGGAAUUGUGGCUGUGAUUGGAUUAAUUGGGUUGAGUGUAUUGUUGGGAUUAGUUGCGUAUCAAUUGUGGACGAAACCUGAAAUUAUUCCAGAUUUUAAUGAGAAUGGAGGGAGGAAAUUGAAUAGAACUGUCAUUAUGGUUUCGAUUGAUGGGUUUAGACCUGAUUAUUUGGAAAUGUUUCAACAGGAAUGUGGAAAUUUAUCUGAAAUUAUUUCGAAUGGAGUGAAAGCCGCAAGCAUGACUCCAAUUUUUCCCUCCAAAACAUUUCCAAAUCACUACACAUUGGUGACAGGUCUCUAUGCAGAAUCACAUGGUAUUAUUUCGAAUACAUUUUGGGAUCCAAAUUUCAAGGCCAAGUUUAGUUUGGGAUCUCCUGAAUCUUUCAAAUCUAGAUGGUGGUUAGGAGAACCUAUUUGGGUUACUGCUGAAAAACAAGGAAAAGUUUCGGCAAGUUUCUUCUGGCCUGGAUCUGAUGUAGAAAUUCAAGGCAUGUAUCCAACCUAUUACAAAAGAUAUGAUGGAAGAAUUGACUAUGAAACUCGUGUGAAAACUGUCUUUGAAUGGUUAGACUCUGAUAAGCCACCUCAAAUGAUACUGACCUAUUUCAGUUCAGUUGACACUGUUGGACAUAAUUUAGGCCCAAUUUACACUGAGGAAUUGAGAAAAUCGGUAAGACAAGUCAACGAUGCAGUAGGUCUCAUACUUGAAGGAUUAAAACAACGAAACCUUACAGAAAAUGUAGAUUUAAUAAUUGUCAGUGAUCAUGGAAUGUCACUUACUCCAAAAUCAAAAAUUGUUCGUUUGACAGAUAUUUUGAAGAGAAAUGUGUUGGAUGGUGUUGAGAUUUUGAAUAUGAAUGCUGGUCCUUAUUUGGAUAUGUAUAUUAAGAAUAAGACAAAUAUUGCACCACUUUACAAUGAGUUAGUGGAAUCGAUUAGUAAUAGUACAGAAUAUUCUAAUGCAGUUGAAGGAGUUUAUACUAAAUUGAACAUGCCUGAGAAUUUUCACUUUACAAAUUCUGAGAGAAUUCCAGAUCUGAUACUUUUAGCAAGGCCUGAAUUUUCCAUUUUAAGAAAUGCAGCAAGUCAACUCAAUACGAAAGGAAAUCACGGCUACAAUAACGAAAGUCCAGAAAUGGGAAGUUUAUUCAUUGCUCAAGGAAGACAUUUCAAAAAGGGAUUUAAUUCUCCAAACCGAGUAAGAAAUUUAGAUGUCUAUUCCUUAAUUUGCAAACUAUUGGAAAUUACUCCAGCUCCAAACAAUGGAACUGCUGAUAAUUUUACUCCUUACCUAUCCAAUAAUCUAUAA